AUGGGAGCCGCUAUCGUCAUUAUCAUCGCUGCUUACACCACAAUAUCGUUGGUGAAGAAGAGAGGCAGACUACGUCUCCCCCCUGGCCCACCGUCCGAGCCCUUGCUUGGACAUUACCGGGUCGUGCCCCUAGAUGCCGCCUUCAAGCAGUACAAUGAGUGGGCAAAGGAAUACAACAGCGACGUACUCUUCUUCCAGACCUUUGGUACAAAAUGGAUCGUCUUGAACAGCCUUCGAUCAGCAACCGAGCUCCUCGAUAAGCGAGGUGCCAACUAUGCGGAUCGACCGCGCUUCGUCAUGUUUGAGGAAAUGGGUUGGUCGCCGACCCUCACCUGGCUUCGCUGGGGGGACAAGUAUCACAUUCACCGGAAAGUCCUACAGCCACCAUUCACAAAGUCCAAAGUGGGCGAAUAUGCAGGAAUACAACGUCGUCAGGCGCUCAUCUGCUGCAAAGGCAUCAUCGACAACCCCUGCGAUUGGGUCAGCUCGGUCAGACUAUUUUCGGUGGCCAUUGUGCUGAAAAUCGCCUAUGGCCUCGACGUGGAUGGACCGAGAAGCCCGUGGGUUCGCCUGGCCGAAGACGCGGCCAAUGCAGUUGGAAAAUCCGGCGCUCCAGCGAGCUCUAUCAUGGACAGGUUUCCCGCGACUCGCUACCUGCCUGACUGGCUCCCUUUCAUGGAGAGACUCCGUUAUGCUCGCACCUGGCGGCCCGCUAUUCAAGACAUUACUAGAUUGCCUUUUGAGGCCUCCCUGAGGGACAUGGACUCUACUGCAGAGAGCGGAUCGUUUGUCCAUUCGAGGAUUCGUGUCUGGCAGAAAAACCACGAGAAGGGUUUGCCCAACCUGUUUACGCUUGAGGACAUCAAGGGAGCAGCCGCAACCAUCACCAUCGCGGGAAAUGACACUCGCAAAGCUCAGGGUGAGGUCGACCGCGUCUUAGGCAAAGACCGGUUGCCAACCUGGGAAGACAUUGCCAACUUGCCCUUCACCAAAUUAGUCCUGCAGGAGACGUACCGCAUGAACCCGCUUUCACCUCUCGGGAUUCCCCACGCCAGCGUUGCCGAUGAUGUGUACAACGGCAUGUUCAUUCCCAAGAGUACCAUCGUUUACCCCAAUGUCUGGGCCAUGAUGCACGACGAGUCCGUUUACCGCGAUCCUUUUCGCUUCUGGCCAGAGCGAUAUCUGCCAGAGGACCAAGGUGGAAACGGGGAGCCACUCCCGAUAGGGAACUUUGGAUUCGGAAGGCGUAUUUGUAUCGGCAAACACCUAGCCGAGAACAGCUUGCUCAUCCUCCUGGCGACUAUGCUGGCAACAGUUGACAUUGAUUGGCCCCUGGGGCCGCAGGGCAGGCCAACCCCUUUUGAGCCGGAAUGGUCAUUCAGGGGGCAAGCUAUUGUCUUACCUUUUAAGGCGUCCAUAACGAGUCGCUCCGCGAAGUCUAAAGCUUUGCUUGAUGCAGAAACCGACGUUUUGUAG